AGGAUUGUCAUCAUUCUCAAUAAGAUUGGACAACAUGAAGGACAGUGGACAGAAAUGUAGCAGUAUGUAUACUUGACUUGUUUUAUCCUAGGAAUAACAACCAAUAAACCUGAUGAAAUUGCUCAAAGAAUACAUGAAGGCCAUCAAAUAACUGCACAGAUCGUACUGGAACAGAAAGGCAUGCACACUAUUUUCUCAACAAAUGAGGAUGGCAUCUAAGACAAAAGUCAUGACUAUAAAAACCUGUACUAUUCCUACCAUCUGACUUUUACAGUAUCAAUUGUGUGAGGGAAUCUGACUUGCUGUUUACUAAUACAACAAAGGCUUUUUAUACAGAUUUUGAAGAUUUUCAGCUCACAGAACAUCAGUAAAUUCCUCAUUUGAGCAGUAGUUGGGACAAGUAAAGGUUAUUCCCAUCUUUAUAUAAUGGAAAGCACAGUUACAAGAUGGAACAUGAUUUUGAACAAAACGCUGUCAUGAUUAAACUUUAUAAAUAUAAGUGUGAAAAUUAGCCUUGCCUGAUUUGACUAAAAAAAGCAGUCUGAUGCAGUUUAAUAUAAUAUAGUAUCUGAUUCAAUCUGAAAUGAUAUCUGACACAAUAUCUGAUUCAGUCUGUUGCCAUAUUUGAUGCAAUAUUUGACCAACUCACAAUAAGAUGAAGUUUGUAGCAUAGCGGAGCCAGUACAGGCUAAGUCGAUCUCAGAAUAAUACCAGUUUUUGCAGCAGUUCAGUCAACAGCAAUUCCUGUGAACAGAUGAUGCAUGCAACCUGUCCACUUUGGAAAAUUCCAUACGAAAUGCAACUUAAACUGAAAUACUUGAGAAUGAAGUCUUUGCUUCAGAAACUAACAAAUGAGUUGAUCCAAUUGGAAGCAGCAACGGGGAAUAUCAGAACUUUAACAAACACUAGAGAACAUGCUGGAUUAUGCUGUCCGUUGUCAGAAGUCAUUCCUUCGCCUCAAGUGGAAGGUUAUCGUAACAAGUCUGAUUUUAGUGUUGGUGUUGGACAAGAUGGUAAUGAAAAAACAGUUGGAAUGUUAGUAGGAAGUUGGAAAAAGAAAAAUGUUGUUUGUGUGUCAGCAGAAAAAUGCUUAAAUAUCAGCAGUGCACAUAAAAGAAUAGGAAAGUUGUAUGAGGAGUUCUUACGGCAAAGUCCUCUAGGUGUGAUGUUGGUCUUCCAUGAUGACGGGCAUUGGCGAGGGUGCACCGUUCGGAGCAACCUUGCUGGGAACAUGGCGGCCAUCGUACAGUUCAAUCCUAGAUCUUUGAACCAAUCACAGUUAGAUAUUCACAAAGAAGACCUGAAACAAUUUUUUCUAAAAGGAAAUCAAGACAGUAUAACAUCACUCUUUCUACAGAGCAGCUCUAAAACAAGGACGUAUGAUGAUAGCUCAAUCGAGUUAUUGCAUGGUGAAAGAUAUCUGUAUGAAAAACUUCAUGACCUGACCUUUCGCAUAUCUCCACUUGCGUUCUUCCAACCGAAUACGAAAUGCGCAGAAAUGUUAUACUCAACUAUUAAAGAGCUUUUGAUUGAAGGUAGUGAAAAACAAAUAGUACUGGUGGACCUGUAUUGUGGCACUGGAACUAUUGGUUUAUAUCUCGCUAGAAGUGUUCAUAAAGUUAUUGGUAUUGAGAUUGUGGAACAGGCUGUGAGAGACGCAAAGGUGAAUGCUGAAAUCAAUGGUAUAAAUAAUGCAGAAUUUGUGUGCGGAUCAGUUGAGAAAGUGUUACCACAUGUUCUGUCUUGCCUGGAGCCUAACCAAGAAGUGCUCGCAGUCGUAGAUCCAGCACGCAGUGGAAUUCAUUCAAGUGUUGUAAAAACAUUACGUAACUGUGAGUCCAUCAGGAGGUUGAUCUACGUGUCUUGCAAACCAGAGGGGGAAUCAUUUACCGAUUUUAUCAAAUUGUGCCAACCAGAUGGAGAGGAUGCCCGUGGACAAGCCUGGUAUCCAAACAAAGCAGUGCCUGUUGAUAUGUUUCCUCACACCAUGCAUUCUGAACUGGUGAUCAAAUUUGAACGAGAAGCAAGUUUGUGAUUUGCAUUUUACAUAUGAUUCCAUCAAGUUGGGAAACAAAGUGUGACAUUGGCUUCAAAAUUUGAAGUUGCAUUACAGUACAAAUGAUGGUAUUUUCAGAAAGUAAACUAUUCUAACUUAAGGAAUAAAAACUGUUGACAUAUAUCCAUUCAUUUCAAAGAGCUGCAAGGGUUGAAUUACAACAUGGAUAGUCAUUUUCACUAAUGUAACAAAGGACACCAUUUAUUUUUUGCUUGAUCAACCUAUACUUAAUAGUUGUGAGGUUAUUUUACUGGUUCUGAAUAAUCUUUAUAUAUAAGAUGAUAAAGGACCUGGGAUGAUUUCUGAUCUGUUCAAAGUAGAAAAACAAAAACAAAAUUGACAAUUUUUUUACAAAAAUAACACAUUAACAUUUAAAAUAUUUAUUGAAAUUCAAGUGGCAUGAAAUAAAAUAAUGUAAUAAGUUGUAUUUUCUGCUGAUGAUAAUAUUAUAGGUUGCUUUCUCACCAAAGACAAUUCAGUUGCAAUUUUCUCUAUAAUUGAGAAUGCAUGUUUGUUCAUGCACUGUUAAUGUUCAAAUUUAACGAUCAUUUCAAUAUCAAUUCAAUAUUGAUUCAUUAAUGGUUGGGGUUGUCUGGAGAGCCUUGUUAGUCCUUAUCACUGGACAAGACCGAUGAGGGAGGAGGAUGGCAUUUGGCUCUCUUCCAUUUUCUUCAUGAACUUGCACUUAAAAUUCACCCCAUCACUUGACGUUGAGCAUUCUGUUGUCUUGUAAAUAGAAACCGUUCCUCCCAUAGCGACACAGAAUUUACAUUACUGCUUGCCCUUAUCAACCCCAUCGAAACUAAUGCAGGUCCAGUUUCUUAUCAUAUGACCUUCGGUAGUAGAUGGCGUGAUGGCGUGUAACAUCCUCGUCCCCUUAAUUGUUUUGACCUCCAACCCGUCAUGCCUUCCCUCUGUCUUUGACAUAUUUAAUCUUCCUCUUGAAGUGAUGGCAUCUGACAUCAUGUGGUAUCUUCUGCCAUGAUUUUCAGGUGUCUCGCAUUAUUGAAUACAGCUUCACCAGAUGUCACAGCCAUUGACGCUUUGUUCUUGAUCACAGAUCCGCCAUCACUUGGCUCUUUACCAUGUCUUGACCCAAAAAAAAAAAAUAAAUAAAAUGUGCUCAAUUUUCAGGUCAGGGAAUUUCUCGGCAAAGUCUGCAAUGUUGACAAAUGCAUCCCUGCAUUUGUACUGGACAGCAGCCCUAUCUGAAAAUCUGUAGAUAUUCUUUACAUCAAUCUUCGAAAUAUGAAACGCAUAAUUAACUGAAUAUCGUUAAUGGCAUGUGACUUAGGCAGUUUUAUGACUGACUUUACAAAAAUGAAUAACCUUUUGAUGAAGUGGUAUGUUAUCAACAAUUUAAAAUAAAACAGCAAUACAAUGUUGAAUUAAAAAUUACACGUCCACAACACCCCUCAUUGUUUAAACAUGUUCUUCCCACGUAUAGCAGUAGCCCUCCUUACUUUUCAAAUCUUACAAUGUAAAAUUGUGAACUUGCAAUUUAGUUUUAUAGUACAUUGUACCAGCUUUUCUGGGACAUAAGACAGCUUGUAAGUCCAUAGUCCACACAGACACUUCAUCAUUAGAUGCAUUUUUGUCAGCAGCUUUUUUCCUUUUUUGCUUAAUCUGUGUAAUGGCAUCAAUAUUGCAAUACUUCGGGCUGAUGCAAACAUCGCACUCAUCUUUUAGUGGUAGGCCUAUAAAUACCAACAAGUUUUCAUCAUUAAAAAUUUGGCUGAAACGUUCUCAUUCUCUGCAUCCGUUUUUGUACUCUGGGUGGAGCUUAGUGAGUGUUGUGACUGGGUAUAAGAAUUUCUUAUUUCUAUAUUAAGUGGCAGUAUUUCUACAAUAGUGCAAUUGCGAUGGCAUAGAAGGUAGAUCAGCCACUUAUUAGAGUAGUCCAUGUCAUUUCUUUCCACAUACGCAGUCUUGCCUGGAAUAACAAAAAAAAAAGCAGAUGUUUAGGAGAUGCUAUUUGUAUAAUACUGUACAUUUUUCAGGGUUUCAUAAAAGUUGCAUGCCAUUUUUCAUCUUUACAUUUUGAGGCCAUAUGCGGAUUUUCACCUUUAGGGGUGUAAUCGUUGUUGGUUAGCCAAUCAGCAACAGUCCUGAGAAAGUCCAAGGGUUGAUGCCAACAGGGACUUGCAAACCUGGACAGAUGUUCCAUUCUUCAGCUGAAAUUUGUAAGAAAAAGAUUUCUACCUUUUUGUUAGCCAAUCAGCAACAGUCUUGAGAAAGGCCAACUGUUGAUGCAAACAUGGACUUGCAAACCUGGACAGUUGUUCCAUUCUUCAGCUGAAAUUUGUAAGAAAAAGAUUACUUUCUUCUUGACUGAUCUACUGGGAAUUUUUUUUUCACACGUCAGACACGCUACGCAAAAUAAAAGUAAAUGAUGAUAAUAUGUCAUUUUAAUAACGACGAAUUGUACAACGUACAGUAGUAAAACAGAGGUAGGGGCAGCCACUCACAGAUAGUCAUAAUUAAUGUACUGUGCUGCCCCUAAAGGCUUAUCUAACAUAAGGACUUAUUGUCAACAAAAUAGCAUACACAUAAUACAUAUGCAUCCAAAUGAUGCAUUAACCUUCAGUUAAGCAUACAUGAACAUUAAAAUACUACGUUAGAAAUAUUAAACCCCUAAAGACCAUUUGCCAUAGAGCAGGUACCGGAAUUCGAGCUGCCAUGUGAUGCAAAUAGCGUUUUCCUCGUCGGUUUGGAAAAAACUCGGUUUGUUGUUUUUGUUUUAUGUCAACCUUUAAUGAAUAAAAUAGAAUUUUAGUUCAUGGCCAUUCCGUAUGAUUAAAAAUAAUCUAUUCUUUUUGUAUUGUUUAUUUGAAAUUACCUUGGAAACUAAUGUUCGCACGGCGUUCAUUCCAUGAUUUCAUGUCAAAAAAUUGUUUUAAGAUCCGGCUUCAUUAUGCUCAUAGUCCUAGCAGUGGACAGAAAAUAAAUGCCCCUUAGCGACCGUCUUGGUUUAAAAUUUCCGAAUCCGAUGCAUCCGUUCGACUUCGAAAGUGAUAGAUUCAGCUAUCGUUGCUACUACUGAAUUUUCAAUUUCUCAAAUGCUUUCUCAGCCUCCUUGGCCAAUGGAAUAGGUUGGCAAAUGACAAUUAAAGGUUAAAUAAGUUAUUGUACAGUUUCUCCGUUUUAUUUAACAUUUCUUAACUUCGCCACAAUCUUCUAUACAAAUCAUAAUUUUUCGAGUGGAUUACUAAAGUUCAUAUGAAUGGCAUUUUUUUCAAUAUUUGGCCUACUUGGUUGUCUAGGAUUACUCGCACUCGUGCCUAUCGCAUCAUAAUCUCAGCUGCUUAGAAUUCCUGCAUGGCUCGUUUUUCAAUAUCAGCCAAUCGUGUAUUUAGUGAGUCCAAUAGAAGUAGUGGCAUACCAUACAACGCUUAAAUUUGCUAUUGUGACAACUGUGUGUUGGCGUAGAAUAGCGAAUUUAACACUGGAAUGGAAGUUCUGCUUCCAAGAGUUUCUGUCUAUCUGUAGCCUAAUCGGGACCUCCACUGCCAGUGGGGUAACUUGUAUUUCCAGACAUUCUAUAACCUCGAUGAUUAAAGUUAAAAUAAAUUUACAUACAUACUACCGGUAUAGAAGAAACUUAUAGAGAAUAACUUACUAACAACAUCAGGAUGGUAAAUUGUCAAAACUCAACAUCAAGAAGGAAUCGCACCGAAUGGCGGAAAUUAGAGAGGCACGCGAUGUCUAACAACGAUUAGCGUUCAAGAAGAAUUCUAAGAAUACUGCCUUCAAAAUAUGAUGAUGAAUUUCAUUAAAUAAUUUUUUUAUAUUUUCAAAUAUAACAUGAUGCCUCCUUUGAGGAUGCUUAUUUAAGAUUAAAGCACUGUCCACAUUAUCUAUGUAAUAUGACAAAUAUGUGAGAUUUGCCCAUACAUUGCAGUGGUGGAUCCAAAAGUUCAAAAUAGAUUGGGCCCUGGGAGGUACUUUCACAUAUGGAGGAUCCAUACCACCUAAGCCCCACCAUGGUUGGGGCUGAGGUUUAGAAAAUGUUAUUUAUUAUUAAUUAUGGCACCUCUAGAUGGCCGGAAAUUUCGCUCUCAGACUCUUUAUAUCUCCAUUAAAAAAAA